AUGGAGUGUAAAAUGAUGAAAUUGAAAUUCGAGGCCCAUAUUGACAAUGACCUCAAACUUUCAGGGGCUCUAGUGAUAUUAGCCCAAAAUUCUAAAUGUUUAAUAGCCGGCCAGCUUAAUGGGAUCAGAGACUCAGCAAAGGUUCCUGUGGUGGAUUUAUCAAGUGAAGACUUGAAGCCUGGAACAGAGGGAUGGCUCUUGGCGUGCAAACAAGUCAAGUAUGCCCUAGAAAAGUAUGGCUGCUUUGAAGUUGUUUAUCAUAAAGUUCCUUUGGAACUUCACAACUCCAUUUUUUCCGUGCUUGAAGAUCUGUUUGAUCUUCCACUAGAAACUAAAAUGCAGAAGACCAGUGAUAAGCCUUACCACAGUUAUAUCGGCCAACGUUCUUUCAUUCCACUCUAUGAAUCCUUGGCCGUGGAUAAUCCAACAACUCUAGAAGGAGCUCAAGACUUCACAAGAGUCAUGUGGCCUGCAGGAAAUGACUCUUUUUGUGAAAGUGCUCAUUCCUACUCCAAGCUGGUGGCAGAAUUGGAUCAAAUGGUGACAAGAAUGGUGUUUGACAUUUAUGGCGUGGAGAGGCUUUAUGACUCUCACAUGGCAUCAACCACAUACCUGCUUAGAUGCACUAAAUAUAGAACACAGAAGAUGAAUGAGACUAAUUUGGGAGCGGCUGCUCACACAGACAAGAAUUUUACAUCCAUUCUUCAUGAAAAUCAGGUCAAUGGUUUGCAGAUAAAAACAAAGGAUGGUCAGUGGAUUGAUGUGGAUCUUUCACCUUCAACUUUUCUAUUCAUGGCAGGUGAUCCAUUCAUGGCAUGGAGUAACAACAGAGUGCGCUCUUGUGAACACCAAGUCAUCAUGAAAGAGAACAAAACCAGGUAUUCCCUGGCAUUCUUCUCCUGGCAAAGUGGGAUUUUGCAAGUACCUGAAGAGCUUGUUGACGACAAUCACCCCUUGAUGUAUAAGCCAUUUGAUCAUCUCGAUUUCGUCCGUUUACAACAAUCCGGGGCGACAAAGAAAUGUGAAAAUGCUAUCAAAGCUUACUGUGGUCUCUAA